UCAAACGGCACGCGGAAACUGUAAAGUCAAUUUUGAAAGCGCCAGUAGCUCUCCAAAGUAGCCGGGCUAAAACCACAAAUAGGCAUUAUUUUAUGUUGACAGCAGCGGGUUUCUGAGCAGAACUUUGGAUAUCAGCUCAGAUAGCGUAUCCUGAAAACACAGAAACCGAUCUGUCACCCUCAGGAGAAAGUGAUGGCACAUAACGAGUCGUUGGUCGCUUUGAAUGGGACUCAAAUUUCCUACAUCGGACAUGACUGCAAGGACAUCCCAGACUUUCUUGGGGACACAUAUGGCCUGUUUGCAAGAAGAUUGGAUCUAAGCUUCAACCAGCUCAGGUUCUCUGCUGUGAACAGGAAAACAGUCAGCCAGUCCAUAUCUUGCUUCAAGAAAUCACUGUGUACAAAUGUAAAGUCACUGGCAGGCCUUGAAACGUUCAUCGAGCUGGAAGAGCUGAUCGUUGACAACAAUCUGCUUGGAAAUGACCUCCUGUUGCCCAGGUUACCCAACCUCCACACCCUUACACUCAAUAAGAACCAACUGACUGAUAUCGAGGCCCUGCUGGAACACUUGGCUGAUGUGACCCCGUCACUGAAGUACCUAAGCCUGCUGGGAAAUGAGGCCUGCCCCAACCAGCUGGUCAGCCCGGAUAAGGAUGAGGACGACUACCAGAGAUACAGAUACUUUGUUCUGCACAAGUUACCCCAGCUGAAGUUCCUGGAUACCAGGAAAGUAACCAUAAAAGAGGUGAUGGAGGCGCAGUCAAGAGGAGCAUUCAUGAAAGUGGUCAAACCCAAGUCGGAAGCUCCACCAAAUGAAGCUGGAUCUGAGAGUCACCCUCUGUCCUACACUCCUCUACCCCAAGGAUCCAGAGAUGCCAAGAACCACAGAGGGAUAUUCGCCAAGUGUCGCUACGUCUACUACGGCAAGCACUCAGAAGGCAACAGAUUUAUCCGAAACGACCAACUCUGAUGGACAGCCGCUGAAGAAAAAAGAGUGACAAGAGAUGUUACCUGAAGGAAAGAGAAGAAAAUUAAUCUAUUUAUUAAAGACUGGUGAUAUUUGAGUUACUUGAUCUCCCACUGGAAAAAAAAGAUUUAAAGUUCAAGUUUGCAUUCCAGCCCUAUAGUUACGGCCCUCUCUGCUGAGCUGGGUCUGAUUCUGCUUUCCUGCUUCCAGCUCAGAGUCAGAGAUGACACUCCCACUGACAUGAUUGCCUCUAAGCAUCAGCAUCCGCACAACUACAGACACACACACAAGCACACAAGCACGCAAAGACAGCAUCUCUCUUUCUUUCUUCUCUAUUCUUUUCAGUGACAAACACACCCAAACAAUUGCAUCCUUUUCUUUGACAGCCAUGAUGGAUCACCCGUCCACUAUGCCACUAAUCAAGGGUGAAAGGGGUGACGGUCACACACCUGGGGCUUGACAUGGACUCAUCUCUCUUGUGCUCUCUUUCUCUCUCCCCCUCUGUCUCCAUUUCUCACACACACACACACACACACACACACACAUAUAACUGCUGUUUAAAACAUUUAAGGCAUAAACAUGUUUAUAAAGCCGUGUUAAACUUUGUGUUUUAGUCCAAACUUAAAGGGGACCUAUCAUGCAAAAUGCACUUUGUGAUGUCUUUUAUACAUAAAUAUGUGUCCCCGGUGCAUCGGGGAACUCACGCAGUGUCAGAAAAUAAAACCCUCUCUCUUUUCCUCCGUACCCACAUCUUUUUAAAACGGGUGUACAACGAGUGGAUACAGAUUUCCAUCCGAACUGCCGUGUCCAUCCGUGGUGACGUCGGCGGACCCACAGAAAGUUGCUAUCAGAAACAAUGCCUGACGUGUUUUGGACAUCUUUGUUUACAUUAGCAAGCCUCGCUAACACUCAGAGCUAACCUGUACUGGAGAGCACAUGUGUUUAAAAAGCAGGAAA